UUCAUGGAUACGACCUUCACAGGGUGCGGCUUUGUUUGGACUUGAAAGUCAUUGCAGCAUACAUGAUUUGAACAUUUCAUCCCCUUCUUCUUCUCUAUUUAUUUGAAGUAUUUAAAUUAACAAAUUUUCUCUGUGCUUUCUUUCAUCUCUUUCAUUAAUUCCUCCAUUGAUGCUGAUCCAUUUUUCCCCCAAGAAAACAUAGAAAUUAUGGCUUCUGGAGGAUCAGCAUCCAGCCGUUCACUUCAAGACACACCCACCUGGGCUUUGGCAGCAGUUUGCUUUGUGUUCAUAUUUCUCUCUCUAUUUAUAGAGCACUUGAUCCAUCUCAUUAGCAAAUGGCUCAAAACUCACAGAAAGACAGCCUUGUUCGAGGCCGUAGAGAAGCUCAAAUCAGUGCUUAUACUCCUGGGAUUUAUGUCACUAAUUUUGACAGUAUCACAAAGAUCCAUAUCCAAAAUAUGCAUACCCACAAAAGUUGCAUAUACCAUGCUUCCCUGCAGAAAAAAAGCACCAACAAAAACCACCAAAGCACUUGGUUUUGAGCAAAUAUCAGUAGAAAGAAUGCUUGCAGCAGCUGAUACCAGUGAGGAUCACUGUGAAACCCAGGGAAAGACCUCGUUUAUAUCUCAAGGGGGCCUCAAUCAGCUCAACAAUUUCAUCUUUGUUUUGGCAGUUAUGCAGAUUGUGUAUAGUGUUCUCACCAUGGCUUUAGGAAGGGCCAAGAUGAGGCGUUGGGAAGCAUGGGAAAAAGAAACUCAGACAGUGGAAUACCAGAUGGCAAAUGAUCCGAAGCGGUUUAGGUUUACAAGGCAGACAACAUUUGCUCUUAGACAUAUGAGUUCCUGUACAGGAAGUGGAACAUCUGUUGGACUGUGGAUUAGGUGCUUCUUCCGGCAGUUUUUCCAUUCAGUGGAAAAAGUUGAUUACCUCACUUUGCGUCAUGGUUUUGUUUCGACUCAUUUUCCAACAAACAACAAUGCAUUCGAUUUCCAAAAGUAUAUACAACGAUCACUGGAGGAUGAUUUUAGAGCUGUAGUCGGAAUCAGCCCUUUCAUGUGGUUUAUGGUCGUCAUCUUCAUCCUCCUCGACGUGCAUGGUUGGCAGGUGUAUCUCUGGGUAUCAUUUGUGCCACUGAUUAUAGUGCUAGUUCUUGGAACCAAACUUGAAGUAGUGGUGGCAAACAUGGCUCAUCAACUUCAUGACCAGCAUAAUGUGAUUCAAGGAGCUCCUCUGGUGCAACCAAAGGACAGUCACUUCUGGUUCAAUCAACCGCGGUUCGUCUUGACUCUUGUACAUCUCACAUUGUUUAUGAAUGCUUUUGAACUUGCUUUCUUCAUAUGGGUCACGGUGCAAUUUGGGAUACACUCCUGCUACCAUGAACACAUACAUAUUAUAAUUGUACGAGCGGUUUUAGCGGUGACGGUUCAAGUGAUGUGCAGUUACAUUACUCUUCCUCUCUAUGCUCUAGUGACCCAGAUGGGAUCAAAUUUCAAGAGUGCAGCAGUGCUUGAAGAGCAAACGACAAAUGUUAUAAAGCAGUGGCAUGCUGAUGUGAAGAGAAAGAGGAAAAAUAAAUCACACUAUUCACAAUCUGGUCAUGACGAAGAUUCAUCUACGGUGGGAAGCAGCUGGGAAAUCAUGAAUACCCCAGAUUUUUCUUCUCAUCGUCCCCAACUUUCUUUCGCUGAAAUGAACCACAGUCACCCUAGAGAAACUGAGAAUUUUUAUGGUAACGAAGAAAUUGUUGAGGAUCAUCAAGAAAGGGAUGGACAAAAUGAAAUUGAACUAGCUAGUAAUGCUUCAUCUGCUGAGGUACAUAUAGGAAUGCCGGAGGUCACCAGAACACAAACUUAAACAUUUUAUUGGCAAAAAAGAAAAAAAAAGAAAAAGAAAAGCAAGUAUGAUAAAUAGGUUAGCCCAUUAGAGGAUUGGAGCUUCUCUAAUCAAUUUUAGCAUAUCUGUAUAAUUGGUAGUUUACAUUUCUCUAUUUUUUUCCCUCAAGUUUAAUAAGCCUUUAAAUUGUAACUUCCAAUCUUAUGAUGAGCUCCAGAUUUUAAUUUUUGAAUGCUUUGGUAUCCCUAUGUAUCCAUUAAUUAACGUAAAAUACUUGGCUCUUUACAUGAGUAAUAAGAAUUUAUCAUUGCAGAUAAAUUAUAGCUU